CGAUAAGCCACCGUCAAUCAUCACAUGACUCCAUCCCCUCCCUCCGCCUACGCAACCGUACCUAAUCCAUGGAUCGUAAACAAAAAACAUUCCACCCGAACUUGUCUGAAACCUCCGACACCCAAUCGACAAACCACAAAGUCUAAACGACAAAAGCUUCCAGCCCCCUCCCACUCAGAAACCCGACAGACAUACCCCACGCGUACCUGAUCUUGCAGACCGAAUCUAGCCAGUCUGCGCCAUCCCCCGGGAGUUGGAAAAAACCCCCGAAAGCGCAAGGGAGAGAGGGGGAGCCCUCCAAAUACAGAACAGAAGAGAAGAAACAAUGCCACCACCACCACCUCCCACGAAACCCACGAAACCCACAUUCAACCCAAACCCACAACCGCGAGCCCGCCUCUUCGACGUCUUCAACUCCGCCUCGACGGGUCAUCAGGUUGCCGAUGGCGGCGGCGCCCGCGGGCGCGAAUGGCGGAUCACCCGGCAGGAGAAACUGGCGCGGCAGUUUGGGUCGAGGGAUGGGGAUUGCACUUCUUCGCCUGCUUUGACACCUGCUGCAGCUGCUGCAGUGGAGGGGAUGGGAAAUGGUAGUGGGGAGGAGGAGGCCGGGAGGGGAGAGUGGGUGUUUGCUGCUACUGCUGCUCAUUCCGGCUCUGUUUGCUCUGGGAACAAAAACAACAGCAACAGCAACCACUCCAACAACAUCGGCGCGGGGUCACAGUUUGGUGCUGCUCAGCAGCACUCGCAUUUGCGCUCGUCGCAUAAUGGGCCGAGACAGGUCCAAUGGGGGGUUCGGGCUUCCUCCUCAUCGGCAUCGACGGGUCAGAUGGAUAUACGAAAUAUGCUUGGUGGGCAGGUUCGCAAACGAGGAUUCCCUGGGGGUGUGAGUGAUGACAGUGGGGGUGGUGAGUCGGGUGCGAUUGGGAUGAAGAAAGCGAAGGUGCAGACGGGGUAUAGCCCUGACUGGGCUACAGAGAUAGCACCACCAGCAGCGGCAGCAGUAACGACGACAACAGCAACAGAAGGAGCUGUAGCUGCGCCGGCCCUAAUAACCACCUCCUUCAAAUCUCAUCCCGCAACUACACCUACACCUACACCUUCUAUCACCUCGACGACCACGACCACGAUCAAAAGCCCAACAACACAAACGUCCCCCUCAACGACAUCUGCAACGACCCCAUCUACCUCAUGCCAAACUAUACCGCCAUCCCUUCAUACCGAUCCCAUGAACAACAAAAAGAUCUUCACCUCCCUCACCAUCCACAUCAACGGCCAAACCACCCCUCUCAUCUCGGACCACGCUCUCAAGCGCCUCCUAGUCUCCCAAGGAGCCACCCUCAGCCUCUCCCUCUCGCGGAAGAUCACGCAUGUCAUCAUCGGAGUCCCCAAUGCAGGACCGGGCAGCGGCGGCGCGGGAGGUGGACUCGCCGCUACCAAGAUCCAGAAGGAGCUCCAGCGCGGAGGAUGGAAGGGAGUGAAGAUUGUGGGGGUCCAAUGGGCUUUGGAUAGUAUCAAGGCUGGGAAGCGGCUCUCAGAAGGUAGAUAUGCGGUUCAAUUACGAGGGAGGCAGAGGAGUGUGCUUGGGUUCUGCUCCCCGUCAUCUGCAGAGGGCUUAUGAUGCAUGCAUACACGAUUGCUCCUGCAAGACAUUCAUAGAUUCGCAUUGACUGCGACUCCAUUGACCACUUGACUUCGAAAGAUACCCCCGUGCAAUAUACGCCCCAUCCUUAUCGGGCCAUACAUUUGCGCAAGCUUAUCACGAUAAUACCUUAAUCUCAACAAGGAUCAAAUACAUACACAUACAUACAUUA